AGUGUAUGUUGAACAGGAUUUACAAUGGUCACAUCUUUGCACUGUUUUACACACAUUUAUACAACAUCACCUUGCACCUGAGGCCAAGUAAAGUCAUCUCACAUUGAAUAAAAACAAAGAAAUUUGGUCAGGAUAUAUUCAAAAUCAAACAAACAUAUAAGAAGUCUUCAUGUUUGGCCUUGAAAAGAGGUGAGGCUAAAAAAUAGGAUGCUGUUGCAUGUAUCACCACAAAAUGUAUUUGUAAAAUAUUUUUGCAUCAUAAAAUUCAUUUAUGGAACAAAUAUAGGACAUUCAAUUCUAAAUUGUCAUAAAAUGUCAUUUGGUGUUUUUAUAACAAAAUACAAGCGAAGCAUACUGACAUGAUUCAAUAAUACACUCAAAACAGCAAUUGUUUUGGAAAAUAUAUGAUUUACGUUACACAUAUUUACUAAUUUAGAGCCCAUUGUCGUAUGAAAGAAAACUUACUGUAAUGUGAGAAAUCAAUGAGGAAAUAUAGAUUUAUGUUUAUUAGAUCAACUGAAGAUGUUGAUAAAAAAUAAAAGCAAGGACAGAAAUAAUGUUUUCUCAUGACUGGAAUAAAGCUAAGUUAUUACAUUGUGUAGGCAUUGAAAUUGAACGUUUCGUUUCUCAGUUCUACUUUCAGAGUGCACCACAAAAUUCAAAAUGGCAGCGCCCAUGCAGGAACAUGUUGCAAGCGAGAAGUGGAUCACGGAACGUGGUGUUUCUUUCCGAAAUGACUAUGGGGACACUCCACUCGAGAAAUCUAAGCUCCACAAUCCAAAACUGCUUAUUUUCAGAGAGCUGAUUCUAGCGACAGUGUCAGAACUGAGUAGGACAAAAGAGACACCCCUGUAUGCUGUGGACACGAGCAGUGGAUCAGGUGUAGCUGGCAUGCAGUGGAAAAAGCAUCUAAAAGGUCAAGGUCAUGUCACAAUAACAGACUCCAGCCCUAACAACUGUGUCAAACACAACUGCAGCAAGAAUGACCUUCAGGUAUCAACCUUGACCCCUGACCUUUGCCGACCUCCAGGACUGCCCUUGGAAGGUCAAGAUGACAAUACACUACACGUGUGCCAGGCUCUUCCCCAUGUUGUGCUGCAGAUGGAGGCCUUUGACUUUGUCUAUUUGGACCCACACAAGAAUUCCACCAGCUACUUCGGGCCUGUUUUUGCCAACAUAAAAAACAAUGGAGUUGUCUCUCUUGUGGUGCCAAACGUCUCUGGUUUUGCACGGACUCCACACAUUGUGUUGCGGAACUACAGUGCUAACGUCAUCAAAACUGACUACACAAAGGAAAUGGCAGCCAGGAUCGUCACAGCAUGUAUGGCAAGGAGUGCUGCCAGCUGCAACAAGGGUAUUGAGGUGCUGUUCUGUGCCAGCCUCGAGGACUUCCUCCUGGUGACAGUGAGGGUGUUGAGAGGACCAGGACAUGCUGAUGUGUCUGUGAGGCUAGUCCGUCAUCUCCUCCACUGUCAGAUCUGUGAAGAGAGACAGUUCUACCCAGACCAGAAGGCUCCUGUAGAGGAUCCAUAUUCCUUACUGCCAUGUGACUGUCAUGUGACCUCACCAGGCAAAACAGCCGUUGUCCUUGGCCCUAUGUGGUGUGGUGACAUCUUCAACACAGAUUUUCUCACAAGGAUGGCUCCACGGGCAGAUUCCCUAAAAAUCUCUGUGAAAACAAAAUCUUUGCUCUCAGCUUUGAUAGAAGAGUCAUUUUGUUACAGACUGAAGGGAGAACAGUGUGUUAUGUCAUCAUCAGUUAUGGCUGUUGAAGAUUCAAUGUUACAACAGGACAACGGUACUGAGAAUGACAAUAUUGACGAAGAGGUGAAUAAGUCCAAAGUCAAUUCUCAGUCCAGAAAACGUGAAUGUGUUGCAGAAUGUGACACAAAAACGAAAAAGAUGAAAGCAGAAAAGGUUGAUGAAGAGAAAGACACUACUAAAGGGGGACCACUCUCAAAUUUUGCCAGUAAGGGGAGACAACCUGACAUUUGUCCACCGUUCUACUGCUCAACACUGCAGAGGAAAAAAUAUAGAGACAUCACAGUGCCAAAAAUCGAUCGGAUGGUCACACUGCUCCGUUCCUCGGGCUACAGAGCCAGCAGGACACACUUUGAUGCAGUUGCCACACGCACAGAUGCCAACCUGAAACAGAUCUAUGCUGUUCUCAAACAACACUGUUCAAACUAGGAAUAAAUGUACAUAGAAAAUUUG